UCGGUCGGGGCGGAGGCCUCUGGCAAUUGCAGCCUCAGGCUGGAGCUAGGGACCCGACGCGGCAGGCCGCCGUGUGCGCAAUCUUCAGCUCUUAGGAGUGCCCAGUGGUUCUUAUUUAAGGGACAGGCGUGGGAGGAUGUAAACUGAAAAUACAAUGUUUAUGUUCCUAUGGUAACCGAUAAUCAUGGGACGUUUAAAUAUCAAGAACUUUUCUUGGGUGAAGGAGUGGGCUGCUUAGCAGAAGAGACUGGAAAUGCAUUCUCCUGAUUCAAGGCAAGCAUUCCUGCGUGAGCUUAUGGGGAGCCGCGGAGGAAGAGCAUAUUUGGAAGAUUUCUGCAGCGGAGCCUAGUACGCCAAUUCACUUUAUCCAGCAUGCAAGCACAGCGUCUAAAAAGGCCCAUUUUGUUUAGAGCUGACCUGGGCACAAAUCCCAGCGUAACGCUCCGGCAUCCAGCUUUUAUUUGCUGUGGUCAGAGCAAUAUUUGUGGUCAGCUUUUAUUUGCUGUGGUCAGAGCACUGACUGUGGUCAGUCACCUGGUCUUGGAGGACCAGGUGACUCCAAGAACAAAACGCUAGAGAUGGAUGAGAGGCCGGGGAGAUGAAGAGGGGGAAAGGCGAUGGGAAACAAGAAUGCACAGAAGAAAACCCCGAAAACUGGGAAAGCUGUCCCAGUAAACGUGGUGGUCAGGGGCAGAUUUGUCCUGGAGCUGAUCAACUCCACAGGCCCGCCGGGUGUUCGCCGAGUCAGGUGUGAAAAGUGGGCGCUGCCAUGCGCCUGCAGCGUUGGGGCCUGCACGGAGCGCGGGCUGGACGCAGCCGCCUGCGCACCUCACCUGGACACACGCACAGGAAGGCGGAUGGAGUCGCGGGUAGAUCCCUGAAAUGGCAGGGAGAAGCGAGCUAACUGUGGUGUCUAGGUGGCAGAUUCGCCACAACAUGGCAACGCUUUUAAUAAGGAAAAUGGUGAACCCUCUGCUGUGUCUCAGUCGUCACACACUGAAGCCUCCAGCCUUCUCCACGUUUCUGUUGGGAUCCCUUCGAGGUGCGGCCCCCGCGGCUGGGGAACCGGGGGCAGAAGUGAGGUCAUUUCUCUCACCCGGCCUCCUGCCUCGCCUGCUGCCUGCGCUGGGGUUCAAAACCAAGGGUGUCCUUAAGAAGCGCUGCAAGGACUGUUACCUGGUGAAGAGGCGGGGCCGGUGGUACAUCUAUUGUAAAACCCACCCGAGGCACAAGCAGAGACAGAUGUAGUCCCUUUCCCUCCAGAGUCACGCACAUUCUCGUUAUCCUGAGUGGUUGUAUCUUACGGAAUUAUCACAUCAAGGAGUCAGGAGAGUGACUGGGGGCAAACGCCCUGAAGGUUACCUAUCACUUUUCAGUUCAAAUGAGGAACUAUAGAAGACAUUGCAUCGUGUCAUUUCUAAAGCGUUCCAAUUAAAAACAUUUUCCUAUUUGAAUAGACUGUCUGAAUA